CCACCGACUGAUCAAGCGCCUGCGGACCAACAAGCCUCGCUGCCGGGAAAAGACCUUUAUCUGCUGUUAAGCGCGGAAAGAGUGUCGCAGGAUCAACGCAACUGAAAAUGCGUUUUGCGGUAAAGUAUAAGGCCAAAGUCCGGGGGAGGAAAGAAAGGAGAGAUGGGCAGCUUGUAUAAGGAUGAGCAGGGCGACUGGAUCACGGUGUGUCUUAAGUACCUCCUCUUCGUCUUCAACUUUCUGUUUUGGAUGGGCGGGGGGCUGGUGAUGGGUGUCGGGGUCUGGACGCUGGUCGAUAAAGGAGAGUACCUGAGCCUGCUGGCCUCUAGUACAUUCGCUGUGUCCGCCUACAUCCUGAUCCUGGCAGGAGGGCUGGUGAUGGUCACUGGGUUCUUGGGCUGCUGUGCCGUCAUACGUGAGCAGAAGAGCUGUCUGUCCACGUACUUCUCCUGUCUGCUUCUGAUCUUCCUAAUUGAGUUGGUGGCUGGUGUUCUGGCCUACGUUUAUUACCAGGCGCUGAGUGAAGAGCUGAAGCAGCACUUGAGCAAGACGAUGACUGAGAACUAUGCCCAACCUGGAAAAGAGAGCAUCACUCAGGCUGUGGACAGACUACAGCAGGAUUUCAAGUGCUGUGGGAGCAACAACUCCUUUGAUUGGACACACAGUGUGUACAUCAUGUCCCCGCAAGAGGAGAAGCGGUUGGUCCCUGACAGCUGCUGUAAGACCAUCACCCCUCAGUGUGGAAUGAGAGACCACCCCUCGAACAUCUACAAGGUGGAGGGCGGCUGUAUCACUAAACUGGAGCAGUUUCUGGCAGAUCACUUGCUCAUUAUUGGAGCUGUGGGAAUAGGCGUGGCCUGUCUACAGCUGGUAGGAGCAGUGCUGACUGCCUGCUUUAUUUAUCUGCUUUAUAAAGAAGAGGAAGAAGACUUUUCUGAUGUUUGAUUGGCUAGUGCCAAUGUUUGACUCCUGAAGCGCUAUGCAAUGAGAAGAUUUGUGGAAUGGUGUUCACCUGUUGCCUGCAUAGGCGAAUUAAACUGGACCCGUAUUGACCACUCGGAAAUGUUAUAUGACUUUAUUACACUAUAAACACACACAUCCAUGACCUUACUACUGUGUCCAUUUUAAACUGCAUGACCAAAUGCAUUUGCAUUCAUAUAAGGGCUUUAUAAUCUUUUAUUUGCCACAUUUUUAAGACAAAUGUUGCUCGUGUUUUUGCCUCCUUAUGAUCCUAAUAGAUGGAUGUGGGAUAUUGCCCUGUAGUCAUUUAGAUCUCAAGGAAUAAAAAUAAAUAAAUAAAUAAAAGAUUUUUUACUUUUGAGUAAAUUAUAAUAUUUCAAAAUAUUUUUAUUAACCACAUAUUCACUUUAAAUAGCUAUGUAAUGUGCUGUUAGAUCUCAAGCAGGUGUGGGAACCUGCUUAUAGGCACAAAAUACAACAGACCAACAUUAAGACCAAUCCAAUAAUCAUUUACAAAUUGAAAAAAUAAAGUAUAUAUAUUUUAAUAUUGCAAUAAACAGGUGUCUUAAAUUUUGCCAAUCAUCACACUUCAUUUUGAAUAUCAUUCACAAAAAAAAAUAAUAAAGCUGCUGUUUGAGCCUUAAUGAUUUUCAUUAUAAUGGAUUGGCAGAAUAUUAUGCUUAUUUUGUAAGAGAUUUUACUGAACUGAUGAACUCCAAUUUAGGGCCAUGUCAUGAAACGUUCAGCUGAUUGAAGGAAAAGAAUGAGCACCAUUCCAUUGCAUUGCAACACAAGUCACAGCUGCAAAAUCUUAAUGUAGUUGCCACAGCAACAUCAGCCUUAUUGAAAUUCAAUGUCAUUUGGGUGAAAAAUGGUUAGAAAAAGAUUUAAUGUAACAUUCUUGUUUUCUGUUGUACUGAUUACCAUCUGUAAUCCAAUUGCUUUAUGAUUAUGACAGAUUAUGCAUAUUUUAAAAACAUUGUCAGUAAAAACAUCUCUCAUGAACUGCACGUUAAGUCUGUAGGUUUUGAUUUAAAAUAUGCAUUUAAUCAUCCCAGUAGCUGAUAUAGUAGAUGUAAUCUUUCAUUUGAAAACUGUUAUGUAUUUGUAUAUGGGAAUGUGUAUGUAUUUUCAUUAAGAAUUCACUUCAUAAAUUCUUUGCCUUAAGACUGUUGCAACUUUUUGUGGGCAGUAGAGAUUUAUCUGAAACAGCUGUAUGUUUUCAAAAAAUCUAUUUCUAAUAAACUUAUUUUGUUGACGUA